AUGAUAAUGACUGGUGAAAUGGAUGGGGAAAAUCACUCUGUGGUAACGGAAUUUGUGAUGCUGGAACUGUCUGCUUCUUGGGAGAUGAAUAUUCUCCUUUUCUUGUUUUUCUUUUCAUUCUAUGUGGGAAUUGUGCUGGGAAACCUCUUCAUUGUGUUCACUGUGACUUUUGACAACAAUCUACACUCCCCCAUGUACUUCUUGCUGGCCAACCUAUCCCUCACUGACUUUGGUCUAUCUACUACAACAGUCCCGAGGAUGAUCAUCGACAUUUUCAGUGAACAUAAGGUCAUCUCUUUCCUGGAGUGCAUGAUACAGAUGUUUUUUAUUCAUGUCAUGGGAGGAACUGAGUUGGUGCUAUUAAUAGCCAUGGCCUAUGAUAGAUACACAGCUAUUUGUAAGCCUCUACAUUACCUGAUUAUUAUGAACCGCAAAGCAUGCAUUCGGUUUGCAGUUGUUGCCUGGGUGAUUGGCAUACUCCAUUCCAUUUCUCAGUUUGUUUUUGUUAUAGAUUUGCCCUUCUGUGGCCCUAACAAGCUUGAAAGCUUUUACUGUGAUUUCCCCCAGGUUGCAAAACUUGCAUGUAGAGAUACUUCCAGGGUGGUAUUUACGAUGACUUUAAACAAUGGACUUGUCACCAUGGGCACCUUCUUCCUCCUUAUCAUCUCCUAUAUCAUUAUUCUAAUUACUGUCAGACAUCACUCUUCAGUUGGUUUGUCCAAGGCUUUUUCCACUCUCUCAGCUCACAUAUCUGUAGUGUUCUUGUUUUUUGCUCCAUGUUUCUUUGUUUAUGUGUGGCAAGUUCCCACAUUGUCCUUGGAUAAAUUUUUGCUUAUUUUUAUCUUUCUUAUAACACCCCUCCUGAAUCCUGCCAUAUAUACAUUAAGGAACAAAGACAUGAAGAUGGCAGUGAAAAGACUUAUUAAUAAGAUAGCUGGUUCUAGAGAAUUAUCAUGA